AUGUCGACCAGUCAACACCUCCCAGCAGCCUGGCCGCCCGCCCUGUCUGCCAGCACGCUUGCCGAUCUCCAGCAAGCGGGGGCAGUCUACGCCCUGGCCAACUCGCUCGUCUUCAGGCUGCCCUCGCCCGCCGGCGUGCACGCCUUCCACGUCCCGUUCACUCUACUGCCCUCGCCGUUCCCGCGAGACCAGUUCGAAAAGGCGAAAAGGGUGCAGACGGCAUACAACCAGCUCUAUCUGAACAUCGCCACCAGCCCGGCGCUGAUCCGCGAGGUGCUAGGGACGUCGAUCGCGAAGGUGGACGGCUUCGUGGGGCGACUGUACGAGCUAUGGGAGGCGGCCGAGAAGGAGGCGGGGGAGGCUGGCGAGACGCAGGUGGGGCUGGGGAUCUUCCGGAACGACUUCCUGCUCCACCAGGCCGGCCAGGAGCCGAGUCAGCCGUUGGUGAUCAAGCAAGUCGAGUUCAAUACGGUCAGCGUGAGCUUCGGAAGCUUGGCGUCCAAGGUUUCUGGAUUACAUCGAUACAUCAUGGGCCGGCUCGAGGGCUCCCCGGCCACGAUGAGCGGGGCCCGGCAGCAGCUGCCCGCUUCGCCCAACCCAGCCCUCCAAGCGAUCUCCAAGGCGCUCGCGAUGGCCCACCAACACUACGUGGCAGUGGAAUGUCCAGCAGCGGUGCCGGUGAUCCUGAUGGUCGUGAAGCCGAACGACAACAACAUCUUCGACCAAUCGCUCAUCGAGUUCGAGCUGGAUGCGGGGGCGGAGUCGGUGCGGAUGGUCAGACUGAGUUGCCAUUCGGUGCUGGAAAAGACGCGGGUUGAUGGGGCGAGCAAGAAGCUGUUCUUGGAUGCGGGCGGGGCUGAUGGGCCGACGUGGGUGGAGGUGUCGGUGGUGUACUACCGGUCGAUGUACGGGCCGGAGGAUUUCGUGGGGGAGGCGGAGUGGCGGGGCCGGUACGAGCUGGAGCGGUCGCGGGCGAUCAACUGUCCCAGCCUGGCGAUCCAGCUUGCGGGCUGCAAGAAGUUCCAGCAGGUGCUCACGGAGCCGGGCUUUAUCGAGCGCCAUUCGGGGAUCCUGUUGGCGGACAUGACGGCGGCGAUGUGGGCGGAGAUCGGGGAGACAUGGACGGAGAUCUAUGCGCUCGAGAGCGCCGAAGGGAUGCGGAUCGCCCGGGAGGAGCCGGCCGGGUUCGUGCUCAAGCCUCAGCGCGAGGGCGGCGGGAACAACAUCUAUGGACGGGACAUCCCCGGCUUCGUCGCUGGGCUGGCGGCGAGCGAGCGGGAAAGCUACAUCCUGAUGCGGCUGAUCGAGCCGCCCCGGAAGGUGUUCAACUACCUGCUCCGCUCCGGGCCACCGCCCACCAGCACCACCCCCGCGGCUCAGCUUGAGCGGACGGAAGUGGUGUCCGAGCUGGGGAUCUAUGGCUGCUGCCUGGUGGCCGCCACGCGGGGCUCGGCCAGGCAGGUGCUGUGGAACUCCCAGGAGGGCCAUGUGCUUCGGACGAAGGACUCCUUCUCCGGCGAGGGCGGCGUGGCCAUCGGGAUCAGCUGUCUGGACUCUCCGCUGUUGUUCUAG